ACUCGGCGAACGGCUGGAGCAACGCGUCCUCGUCCGCCGGCAACGAGGGCCCAUGAGGCCCAUCCCAACUCCUGAGCCAUAACGACGCAAGCACUCUAAAACCCACUUCUCAUCGGCAUCUCACAUAUCGGCGGUAUGGAAACAGAAGGAGGCAUCUACGGGCUGACCCACCAGGCCAGGUGCCUCAAAGCGCAGUCCGCAGAACAGGAACGAAGCAGGUUCUUUGUCGGGACGCAGGAUCUCAAGCAAACCAACGAGCUCCAUUUGAUCGACUUUGACGAGGACGAGUCCAUCAUUACGAGCCAUAAACUGGAACACCCGCAUGAGGUGCGCGAUAUCGCCCCGUCGGGAUCCAAAGCAGAUCUAGUGGCGACCGUGUCGAAAGAAGCGAAUCAUCCCUGCCGAGCGCGGUUAUGGCAAUUCAAGCUCCCCGAGCCAGACGAAAUUGGCAAACUGCGCAACGACUCAGGAACCCUAGACAAGAUCACUGAGUUUGCGUCGACUGAGACGUUAGGCGAGAUCAGACAUAUCUACUGGGAUCCGCUGGGGACGGAGAACAGCCUCGUUGCGUUGAGCCCGCAUUCGUUGGGGGUGUUUGCGGUGCGCGAGGGUGCCGAGUCUAUAUCGCCCCAGAGCACAAUACGGAUAAUAGAGCCUAAGGAUCCCAAACGCCAAUCCACCUGCGCAAGCUGGAGUCCCCACGGCAGCCUCAUCGCAGCCGGCACCGGCACCUCCGUCCACGCCUUCGACAUCCGCUCAUCAAAACAGACCUACGAGAUCCCGCAAGCGCACGCCGGCACAGUAAGAGACAUCGACCACAACUCUAACAAACCAUACCAGCUCGCGACGGGCGGGGAUGAUUGCAAGAUCAGGUUUUGGGAUACCCGGAAUGUGGCGGAGCCGAUUAAGGAGGUUUCUAAUCAUUCUCAUUGGGUCUGGUCAGUCCGCUUCAACCGCUUCCACGACCAACUCUUCCUCUCCGCCGGCUCGGACUGCAAAGUCAACCUGCACAGCAUCAUCUCCAUCUCCUCAGCGCCUCUGUCGGAUGAAUCGUCUGACGCCGAGGACGAUGCUGAGGACGAGGCUGAUGAAUAUAGGGGCAAACCAACCGACGGCCUCGUCGCAGUCUUCGACCAGCAGCACGAAGACAGCGUGUACGCCGCGGAAUGGAGCGCCGCGGAUCCGUGGAUCUUUGCGUCGUUGUCGUAUGACGGCCGCGUUGCGGUGAAUCUGGUGCCGAGGGAGCAUAAGUAUAAGAUUAUACUUUGAAAAGGGGGAGCUUACGGUGGAAUGAGGGGAAGAGGAAGGAAGGAGGGUUGCGCUAUAGAUGGAAAGUAGGAGCAAUGUCUGCGUAAGGCCCGCCGCCGCUUGUCGAGGCGCCAGUAGGAUGUUCGGGGUGUUUGUUUUGGGCUGGACCAUCGUGGGUAUCCGAUCGAGUGCAAUGCACUGAUAAUCAACGGUAUUGGUGGGGCAAAGACAUAACCUAUUUUAUGUAUACAGCCAGCUAUUCCCACAA